CAAAACAAACACAUCUCCUUCAUCUUCUUCACCUUGUCCUUAAUACCACCACCCUCAUUAUUAACACUAGCUCUCUAGGAUAAGGUGAAGAAGAUGAACGACCUCCAAGAAAACAACAGUGUCGCGGCUGCGGAAAAACAUACUUCUUCUUCUUCGUCGUCGAAGGCUGUUGAUGGGUCAUCGUCGAUGAAAAAGAUGAUAUCGGUGGCUUCUAUUGCUGCCGGUAUACAGUUUGGUUGGGCUCUUCAGUUGUCUUUGUUAACUCCGUACGUGCAACUUCUUGGUGUUCCACACAAAUGGUCAUCUUUCAUUUGGCUUUGUGGUCCUGUCUCUGGAUUGCUUGUCCAGCCAACAGUUGGUUAUUACAGCGAUAGAUGUCAGUCAAGAUUCGGUCGUCGUCGUCCUUUCAUCGCUAUCGGUGCCUUUCUUGUCGCUGUUGCGGUUUUCCUAAUCGGAUUUGCGGCUGAUUUUGGCCAUAGUUUGGGAGACAAACUCGAAGACCGUGUAAAGGGCAAAGCUGUUGUUAUCUUUGCUCUUGGAUUUUGGAUCCUUGAUGUAGCGAACAACACUCUUCAAGGACCUUGCCGAGCUUUCCUUGGCGAUUUGGCAGCUGGAGAUGCAAGAAAAACGAGAACCGCAAACGCAGCUUUCUCGUUCUUCAUGGCUGUUGGAAACGUAUUGGGAUACGCGGCUGGUUCAUACACUAACCUCCACAAGAUCUUUCCUUUCACAAUAACUAAAGCAUGUGACCUCUAUUGCGCGAAUCUAAAGAGUUGUUUCUUCCUCUCCAUUACUCUCCUCCUUUUCGUCACCAUCAUAUCUCUUUGGUACGUCGAAGACAAGCAAUGGUCACCAAAAGAAGACUCCGAAGACGACAAGAAAACUCCGUUCUUCGGCGAACUCUUUGGAGCCUUCAAAGUGAUGAAACGUCCAAUGUGGAUGCUACUAAUCACCACAUCCUUGAACUGGAUCGCGUGGUUCCCUUUCCUUUUAUUCGAUACCGACUGGAUGGGUCGUGAGGUUUACGGUGGUAGCUCAGAAGGAGAUGACAACAUGAAGAGACUUUACAACCAAGGAAUCCACGUUGGUGCAUUGGGAUUGAUGCUUAACUCAAUCGUUCUUGGAUUCUUUUCUCUUGGUAUUGAAGGUAUCAGUAGAAAGAUUGGAGCUAAAAGGCUUUGGGGAGCUGUCAAUAUCAUCCUUGCAGUAUGUUUGGCAAUGACUGUUUUGGUUACUAAAAAGGCCGAGGAGCACCGCAGAACCGCUGGCCCGAUGGCCCUCCCGACCGAUGACAUCAAAGCCGGAGCAUUGACUCUCUUUGCUCUUCUUGGAAUUCCUCUAGCUAUUACUUUCAGUAUUCCUUUUGCAUUAGCUUCCAUCAUCUCAAGUAGCACUGGAGCCGGCCAAGGACUAUCACUUGGAGUUUUGAAUAUGGCAAUCGUUAUACCACAAAUGAUUGUAUCCUUUGGAGCUGGACCUGUUGAUGCAUUAUUUGGAGGUGGAAACUUACCAGGAUUUGUGGUUGGAGCAAUUGCAGCUGCUAUUAGUAGUGUUGUUGCAUUUACUGUUUUACCUUAAGUUUCUUUGUUUGAUUUGGUUAUGUAUAUGCAUACAAAUGUCCGAUAAAUUAAUGUGACGUAUGGCAUAUAUUGUUUGAAAUAUUCAAUUAAAAUUUCAUCAAAUCUUGACUUCAAAAGCUUUUUCCUCUA